AGAAGUCUGUCGCACAGCAGGACGAGGAAGCUGAAGGUGAAAAGAAAGAUGUCUCACAGAAGGCUGUCUCUCACAAACGAGGUGCAUCUCAAGAAAAAAUUUCUCUGAAAACUGGUGAAUCUCAGCAAGAUGAAACCCAGGAAAAACCUGUAUCUCAGAAGGAUGUACUAACUGAAGAAGGGUUGCAACAGCAAGAGGAAAUUUCCCAAGAAAAGGUAGCCCCCAUUAAAAGGUCAUCCCGUGUUAGUGAUAUGACUUCAGCAAUAGUAUCUAAAGUUUCUGAUAUAUCUAAUGCAGUAGCAGCUGCAAUGGGACUGAAAGCAGCAGUUGCCGAAGAAAGUGUUGUACCCGAAGAGUCGGUUGAUGACUUAAAACUCCCUGCCACUCCUAAGAAAAUUCCAGUUGUUAUAGGUAAAGACAAUAGUGGAAAGGAUGCAACAGCAUCUACAGCCAUAGGAGUUAUCAGAACAGCCCAAAAAGAGACCACCAUAAAUGGUGAAAAAGGUGUAGUGGAAGGAGUAGUAGCUGGCGCCCAAGAAGUGAUGGCAGCUGUGGCCGCAAAGAAGGAAGAAAUCUUAGCCAAAAAGCAGGAAUUGCUUGCUAAAAAAGAGGCUGCCAUGAAACUCCGAGAAGCUAGUGAGGAACCUUCUAGCGAAUUUACAACCACUAGUGAAAUAAGUACAGACUCGUCCAGUGGGAUUGAAAGUUGUAUAGAAUUAAAGAAAACUGAGAAGGAUAUAACAGAUGGUAAGGUUUCUUUGAUGAGUGAACAACGUUCAGAGACAGAACAAGAGUAUGAGGAGUCCUGCACAUCGACUGAUGUAACAUUGUCGUUUAAGAAGAAAGGCAAGACAUUUGAGAAGGAUGAGGCUACGGCUCACUUGACGUUAGAUCUAAAAGAGAAGAAAGAAAAACAAAAGUUCGUGGAUCUUGCAGAUUCCUUGAAGGAAACAGAACUACAAUUUCAAAGAACAUCAAAUAUUAUGGCGGCAGCCUUAGGAGAGGCCUACUUGACAUCAGAAAAGGUUCAAGACAGAAAAGAAAAGAUGGAAGCAGCAACAGAUGAAGGGAAGGUAGUGGACGGCAAAGUUCAACAGAGCGUUUUUGACGUUGCUGGGAAGCGAGGCCAGGCGACGGUCACUGGAAGUGUGGACAGUGACCAACUGACUGAUGGAGUGGCAAUCGACGCUUCGCUCCCUGGGAAAAAAGCUCAAUCUCCCGAAGCUAUGGCUAAGGAUAAAGCUGAAACGAAUGAAGACGAAAAACCUAAGCAGACUGAAGUUAAGGAAGCAGACAAAGCUAAAAAAGCUGCCUUGUCGGAAGUAGACAAAGCUAAGAAGGCUGAUGUGAAGGAAACAGACGAUGCUAAGAAUGCUGACUUAACAGAAGCAGACAGAGCUAAGAAGGCUGAAUUGUCAGAGGCAGACAAAUCUAAGAAGGCUGACUUGUCCGAAGCAGAAAAAGCUAUGAUGGCAGACAUAACAGAAGCAGAUAAAGCUAAGAAGUCUAACUUGUCCAAAGCAGAAAAAGCUAAGGAGGCUGACUUGUCUGAAGCAGAGAAGGCUAAAAAGGCUGACUUGUCGGAAGUAGACAAAGCUAAGAAGGCUGACUUGUCAAAAAUAGACAAAGCUAAGAAGGUUGACUUGUCAGAAGCAGACAAAGCUAAGAAGGCUGACUUGUCCGAAGCAGAAAAAGCUAAGAAGGUUGACUUGCUCGAAGCAGAAAUAGCUAAGAAGGCUGACUUGUCCGAAGCAGAAAAAGCUAAGAUGGCAGACUCAACAGAAGCAGACAAAGCUAAGAAGGCUGACUUGUCCGAGGUAGAAAAAGCUAAGAAGGCUGACUUGCUCGAAGCAGAAAAAGCUAAGAAGGCUGACUUAUCCGAAGCACAAAAAGCUAAGAUGGCAGACUCAACAGAAGCUGCCAUAGCUAAGAAAGCUGGCUUAACAGAAACAGACAAAGCUAAGAAGGCUGACUUGUCAGAAGCAGAUAAAGCUAAAAUGGCUGACUUAACAGAUGCAGACAAAGCUAAGAAGGCUGACUUGUCCGAAGUAGACAAAGCUAAGAAGGCUGACAUGUCCGAAGUAGACAAAGCUAAGAAGGCUGAAGUGAAGGAAGCUGACACAGCUAAGAAGGCUGACUUGACCGAUGUAGACAAAUCUAAGAAAGCUGACUUGUCCGAAGCAGACAAAGCUAAGAAGGCUGAAUUAUCAGAUGCAGACAAAGCUAAGAAGGCUGACUUGUCAGAUGCAGACAAAGCUAAGAAGGCUGGAGUGAAGGAAGCUGACAAAGCUAAGAAGGCUGGCUUGACCGAAGUAGACAAAUCAAAGAAAGCUGACUUGUCCGAAGCAGACAAAGCUAAGAAGGCUGAAUUAUCAGAUGCAGACAAAGCUAAGAAGGCUGAAGUGAGGGAAGCAGACAAAGCAAAGAAGGCUGACUUGACAGAAGCAGACAAAGAUAAGAAUGCGGAAGUAAAGGAAGCAGACAAAGCUAAGAAGACUGAAUUGUCAGAAGCAGACAAAGUUAAGAAGGCGGGCUUGAUAGAACCAGAAAAGGCUAAGAAGGCUGACUUGUCUGAAGCAGACAAAGCUAAAAAGGCUGAAGUAAUGGAAGCAGACAAAGCAAAGAAGGCUGACUUGACAGAAGCAGACAAAGCAAAAAAGGCUGAAGUAAUGGAAGCAGACAAAGCAAAGAAGGCUGACUUGACAGAAGCAGACAAAGCAAAAAAGGCUGAAGUAAUGGAAGCAGACAAAGCAAAGAAGGCUGACUUGACAGAAGCAGAUAAAGCUAAGAAGGCUGAAGUGAAGGAAACAGACAUAGCUAAAAAGGCUGAUUUGUCUAAAGCAGACAAAUCAAAGAAAGCUGACUUGUCCGAAGCAGACAAAGCUAAGAAGGCUGAAUUAUCAGAUGCAGACAAAGCUAAGAAGGCUGAAGUGAAGGAAACAGACAUAGCUAAAAAGGCUGACUUAUCUGAAGCAGACGAAGCUAAAAAGGCUGAAGAGAAGGAAACAGACAUAGCUAAAAAGGCUGAUUUAUCUGCAGUAGACGAAGCUAAGAAGGCUGCCUUGACAGAAGCAGACAAAGCUAAGAAGGCUGACUUGACCGAAGCAGACAAAGCUAAGAAGGCUGACUUAUCUGAAGCAGACGAAGCUAAAAAGGCUGAAGAGAAGGAAGUAGACAAAGUUAAAAAGUCUGAAGUGAAGGAAGCAGACAAAGCUAAGGAGGCUGACCUGACCGAAGCAGACAAAUCCAAAAAAGCUGACUUGUCCGAAAUAGACAAAGCUAAAAAGGCUGACUUGACAGAAGCAGAUAAAGCUAAGAAGGCUGAAGUGAAGGAAAUAGACAUAGCUAAAAAGGCUGAUUUAUCUGCAGUAGAUAAAGCUAAGAAGGCUGCCUUGACAGAAGCAGACAAAGCUAAGAAGGCUGACUUGUCCGAAGCAGACAAAGCUAAGAAAGCUGACUUGUCCGAAGCAGACAAAGCUAAGAAGGCUAACUUAUCUGAAGCAGACGAAGCUAAAAAGGCUGGAGAGAAGGAAGUAGACAAAGCUAAGAAGGCUGACCUGACCGAAGCAGACAAUUCUAAAAAAGAUGACUUGUCCGAAACAGACAAAGCUAAGAACGCGGAAUUGUUAAAAGCAGAUAAAGCUAAAAAGGUUGAAGUGAAGGAAACAGACAAAGCUAAGAAAGCGGACUUGUCAGAAGCAGACAAAGCUAAGAAAGCUGAAGAGAAAAAUGCAGAUAAAGCUAUGAAGGUUGAGGAGAAGGAAAGAGACAAAUCUAUGAAGGCAGGCCUGUCAGAGGCUGACAAAGCUAAGAAACAUGACAUGACAGAAGCAGACAAAGCUAAGAAGGCUGACUUGCCUGAAGCAGACAAAGCAAAGAAGGCUGACUUAGCCAAAGCAGACAAAGAUAUGAAAGCUGACUUGGCCGAAGUAGAUAAGGCUAAGAUGUCUGAAGUUAAGGAAGCAGACAAAGCUAAGAAAGCUGACUUGUCCGAAGCAGACAAAGCUAAGAAGGUUGAUUUGUCUGAAGCAGAUAAAGCUAAGAAGGCUGGCUUGUAUGAAGCAGACAAAGCUAAGAAGGCUGACCUACCCGAAGCAGACAAAGCUAAGAAGCCUGAAGUGAAGGAAGUAGACAAGGCUAAGAAGGCUGAGGAGAAGGAAGCAGAAAAAGCUAAGAUGGCUGAGGAGAAGGAAGCAGAAAAAGCUAAGAUGGCUGAGGAGAAGGAAGUAGACAAAGCUAAAAAGUCUGAAGUGAAGGAAGCAGACAAAGCUAAGAAGGCUGAGGAGAAGGAAACAGACAUAGCAAAGAAGGUUGAGGAGAAGGAAGCAGACAAAGCUAAGAAAGUUGAGGAGAAGGAAACAGACAAAGCUAAGAAGCCUGAGGAGAAGGAAACAGACAAAGCAAAGAAGGUUGAGGAGAAGGAAGCAGACAAAGCUAAGAAGGAGGAGAAGGAAGCAGAAAAAGCCAAGAAGACUGAAGUGAAGGAAACAGACAAAGCUAAGAAGGAUGAAGGAAGCAGACAAAGCAGAGCUAAGAAGGCUGAGGAGAAGGAAGCAGACAAAGCUAAGAAGAUUGAGGAAGGAAGCAGACAGCUAAGAAACCUGGAGGAGAAGGAAACAGACAAAGCUAAGAAGGCUGAAGAGAUGGAAGCAGACAAAGCUAAGAAGACUGAAGUGAAGGAAACAGACAAAUCUAAAAAGGCAGAAGUGAAGGAAGCAGACAAAGCUAAGAAGGUUGAGGAAAAGGAAGCAAACAAAGAUAAGAUUGAGGAGAAGGAAGCAGACAAAGCUAAGAAGGAUGAAAUAAAGGAAGCAGACAAAGCUAAGAAGAUUGAGGAGAAGGAAGCAGACAAAGCUAAGAAAGUUGAGGAGAAGGAAACAGACAAAGCUAAGAAGCCUGAGGAGAAGGAAACAGACAAAGCUAAGAAGGCUGAAGUAAAGGAAGCAGACAAAGCUAAGAAGGUUGAGGAGAAGGAAGCAGACAAAGCUAAGAAAGUUGAGGAGAAGGAAGCAGACAAAGCUAAGAAGGCUGAAGUGAAGGAAGCAGACAAAGCUAACAAGAUUGAGGAGAAGGAAACAGACAAAGUUAAGAAGGCUGAAGAGAUGGAAGCAGACAAAGCUAAGAAAGAAGCAGACAAAGCUAAGAAGGCUGAAGUGAAGGAAGCAGACAAAACUAAGAAGGCUGAGGAGGAGGAAGCAGACAAAGCUAAGAAGGCUGAGGAGAAGGAAGCAGACAAAGCUAAGAAAGUUGAGGAGAAGGAAGCAGACAAAGCUAAGAAGGCUGAAGUGAAGGAAGCAGAUAAAGUUAAGAAAGCUGAAGAGAAGGAAGCAGACAAAGCUAAGAAGGCUGAAGUGGAGGAAGCAGACAAAGCUAACAAGGCUGAAGUGAAGGAAGCAGAUAAAACAAAGCUAAGAAGGCUGGAGGAGAAGAAAGCAGAUAAAGUUAAGAAGCCUGGGGAGAAGGAAGCAGACAAAGCUAAGAAGUCUGAGGAGAAGGAAGUAAUCAAAGCUAAGGAGCCUGAGGAGAAGGAAGCAGACAAAUCUAAGAAGGCUGAGGAGAAGGAAGCAGACAAAGCUAAGAAGGUUGAAGAGAAGGAAGCAGACAAAGCUAAGGAGCCUGAGGAGAAGGAAGCAGACAAAGCUAAGAAGGCUGAAGUGAAGGAAGUAGACAAAUCUAAGUCUCCCGAAGCUAGAGAUCGAAAGAGAUCUAGCAUAAAAGAUAGUGAUGCCAAGACAGCUAAAGAGAUGUCUGAGCUUAAGGAGGAGGACAAGAAGGCUAAGUCUCCCGUACCGAGGUUGAGGAAGAGGUCGAGUGUCAAAGAGGACGAUGCCAAGAAGGUUACAGAAGCAGAGGUUGAUCUCGAGGGUAAGGUACAGCAAAGGAAGAGGUCGAGUGUCAAAGAGGACGAUGUAGCUUCAAAGGCCAAGUCCCCUGAGCCCAGAGUAAGGAAAAGGUCGAGUCUGAGGGACGAGCAGAAGAGCGAGGCAGAGACCAAGGGUAAGGCUGGUGACGACUCGACGGCUGUGAGAGGAGCUGAGUUAAGAAAACAAGAGGAGAUCCUGAAGACGAAGAAGAAGAAGAAGGAGGAGGAGGAGAAACAGAUACAGGACGCACAGGAGAAGAUGAGGAAACAGGAGGAGGAGAUGUUGAGACUGCAGGAGGAAGAACGCGCCAGGAGGGAGAGUAUGAAACGUAAGGAGGAGAUGGAGAAGUUGGAGAGAGAAGAGAAGGAGAUGAAUGAAAGGUGGAAAAAGAAGAGAGAGGAGGGAGAAAGGCAAAGAACCGAAGAAUUGGAUAGAAUAAAGAAAGAGGAGGAGGAGAAGGCUGAGAAGAGGAGAAAACGCAGAGAAGAACAAGAAAAAUCAUUGAAGGAAGAAGAAGAAUAUUUACAAAAAGAAGAGAAGGAAAGGAAAUUGAGGUUGGAAAAGAGAAGAGAGGAACAGGAGAAAUUAAUAAAACAGGAGGAGGAGAAAAUGAUAAAAGAAGAGGAGGAAAGACGAAAUAAACGAAAACAGAAGAGGUCGGAGGAAGAGAAAGCCAUGAAGGAAUUGGAAAAUCAAUACAAGAAGGAAGAAGAAGCAAGAUUAGAAAGAAGACGGAAACAACAAGAGGAGGAAGAUAAAGCCCAAAAACAAAGAGAGGAAGAGAGACGGAAGAGAUCAGAGCAGGAACAAGAAGAAAGAAGGAAAAAGAAGCAGAAGGAGAGAGAAGUGGAAGAGAAGCGUCUGCAGGAAGAAGAAGAGCGAAGAAAAGAGAGGAGGAGAAGGAGAGAAGAGCAUGAUAAACUUAUGGCCGAGGAGGAAUCUAAAAGAGAUAUGGACUCCAGAAAGAAGGUGGAAGAGGAGAAGAGGAGACUGGAAGAUGAUCUGCGAGGGCGAGACGCGAGGAAGAAGAGAGAGGAGGAACUACUGCAACAGGGAGAAGACUUCCUGAAGAGGGAGGAGGAACGUCGCCGGAAGCGCCUGGAGGAGCGUCGUCAACAAGAGGUGGAGGACGAGAGGGAGUACAAACGACUUCAACUGGAGUACGAGGAGCGCCGGCAGCAGGAGAGAAGCAGGAGGAAGAUCGAGUACUCUGAGAAGGAGUUGCUUGACUCCGAGAGAUACGGCUCCCUCAGCAGGUCCAGCACCCGCACCCCUGAUAGUGAAGUCAUCAGCCGCCGUGACCCCAGGAGACGACCCAAGUUCAGCACCAAGCUACAGGACCGACAGACGGUGAAGGGUACCAGAGUUCGCCUUUCCUGCAACAUCCUCUAUCCUGCCGAGGAGGAACAUCCUGAGAUUGAGUGGUUCAAGGGCGGCUACCCCAUCAAGGAGGAUGAGAGAAUGAAAAUUGUUAACUAUGAGGGCGUGGCGUCGCUGGAGCUGAGCCACACCUGCCGUGGUGACUCCGGCGAGUACACCUGCACCGCCAAAAACCGCCAUGGCCGCGCCUCCACCACCUGUGACCUCAGAGUGAAGGGCGAGGAGGACCACAAGCCCAGCCCGCCCACCUUCACCACCAGUCUACGAGAACGUUACGUGAGUGAGGACGACGAGCUGGUGUUGUCAUGUCACGUAAUUGGCUUCCCAGAGCCUAAGAUUACCUGGCUGAAGGACGCCGACAAGCUGCCCGCCUCCCUACGCUUCCAGACCACCAUCACCGAGGAGGGCAUCUGUAAACUGACCAUCAGCUCCCCGCGUUCUGCUGACUCCGGCACUUACACCUGCCACGCUGAGAACAGAGUCUACCGUGACGAGAUAUCCGGAAUUGUUCAAGUUCAGGCUCUCCUGGAGAAAGAACGCAAGAAUGACGACCGACCCGACGACAGCGAGGCUCCACGCUUCGUCUCUGAACUGUGUGACCAAUAUGUUCAGGAGAACGGCACUCUCACCCUCCAGGUCUCUGUGGCAGGUUCACCGCCACCAGAGGUACUGUGGCUCUUCAACGGGCGGCCGCUUCAUCCCUCCGGCAAGUUCCGCAUAUCAGCGACAGGAGGGACUCACACCCUCACCGUGUUCCAAGUCACCGCCAAGGACCUGGGUUGCUACUCCUGCAAGAUCACCAACAAGUAUGGUCAAACGUAUACCAUGAGCAGCGUCUCCUUCGGUGAUCCAAAGCCUCGUCGGCCAUUAACGGUAGAGGGGGCGGAGAUGGACAUGCGAGCCCCGACCUUCACCAUCCGCCCUGAGAGUAUGAUGACCAUCUUGAGGGACGAGGAACUCCGCCUCUCGUGCGCCGUCCAGGGCGAGCCUACACCCAGGGUGACCUGGCUGAAGGGUUCCCAUGAUGUCUCCAACACCUUCCGUGCCCACAAGUCAGUCCGGGAUAACCACCACACACUGAUAAUCCGGGAGGCUCAGUUCACGGACUCCGGCACCUACACUGUCGAGGCCAAGAACAUCAACGGCACCGUCAGAGCCUACUGCAGCGUCAAGGUGAGGGAAGGCUUCAGGUCACGCAGCUUCUCACCGAGGGGCCGCGACGAGAAGUUCCCCGGCAGUAAAGUAAUGAUAGAGGAGAAGAGACUUACCUCCGGCAGGUUCAUCAGAGAUGUCCCUGGUAUGGUGGGCACCCCUAAAGCUCGAGAUGUGGGCAAGAACUGGGUAUCACUCCACUGGGGUAAAUCGGAGCACCAUGGCGGCGUCACCGUCACGGCCUACAAGGUGGAGGCCUGGAUUCUAGGGGAAGAAGCCCGCUGGCAGGAGCUGGGUGUGUCCCCGAUCACAUCCUUCGACGUGUACAACCUGAAGCAGGACCGGGAGUAUCUGUUCCGCGUGACGCCCAGAAACAAGUACGGGUGGGGAGAGGCGGUGAUGACCCCACGACCCAUCAGAGUUGGUCGCACGGUGGAGCACCCCAACCUGCCCAAGGCACUACCUCACCAAGUCCGCGCUAUGCCAGGAGGUCACAUCUCCCUUGAAGCUCAGAUAUCGGGUGAACCCAUGCCAGAGGUCCGCUGGUACAAGGACGGCACCUUCAUCGACAUCAACCGCUACCCCAGGUUCUCCUCCUUCUCCUCUGAUAGCUCGAUACACAACGCGUUUGGUUUAGUGACCAAGGUGAGUCUGAGGAUCGCCGACAUGCAGUGGGAGGACGAAGGCAAGUACGAGCUGGAGGUGGUGAACCCGGGCGGCCGCAUUACUUCCUACACCAGAGUGACCGCCACCAGUGACUGCUCCGUCCUCGAGGCCCAGGAGCGUAUCAACAAUAACUUGCUAGCGCUGUCACGGCUGGACAGUGUACCCAGUAUGGCGCCACAGUUCACGAUGCGGCUGAGGGACCGUCGCGUCCAGGUGGGCUUCCCCGUCCGCCUCACCUGCCAGAUUGUGGGCAUCCCCAGACCACAGGUGUCCUGGUUCAAAGAUGACGAGUCCAUCUCUCCUGACGACGGACACACCAUCUGGCAGGAGGACGGUCACUUCCACACACUAGAGAUCUCCAGCUCCACUCACGACGACGCCGCUGUGUACUCCGCCUGUGCUGUCAACCCCUUCGGCUCUGUCCUCUGUCGCUGCCGCCUCAUCGUUGACUCCGGCCUCAGGUCAUACAUCUCCCCAAUGUUCCUAAAGGAGUUAGAGGACCAGAGUGUGAGGGAAGGAUCCACCAUCACGAUGCAGACGGUCAUCGAGGCCUACCCGACCAUAGGUGUUGUCUGGCAUCGAGACGGCCACCGCAUCAGACCCACCCGCAAGCACUCCUUCAGCCUGGACGGGGACGGCCUGGCCACACUGGUAAUCCGAGAGGCUAACUACACCGACGGCGGCAUCUACACCUGUACCGCCAAGAACGAGAUGGGUCACAUUGAGUCUCUGUGCCGUGUGUCUGUCUCCUGUACAGACUCGGACCUCGCCUCACGCAAAAGGAUAUCAUCGCGGCUCUGGCACAGCCGUCAAGUGACAGGGUACAACAACGAGCCCAUGUUCGUGAGGAAGCCGCGGACCAUCGACGCUGAGGAGGGUGACCUGGUGAUCAUCGAGUGUGAGGUGGCGGGAGACCCCAAACCCACCGUCACCUGGCUCCGCGACUGGCUAAAGGUAGGUGCUCCUUGA